AUGCGCGCUACCUUUUGGACCUAUGCGGCUGUGGUGGCCUCGGCUGCGGCCGCGUCCACCUCUCUCAGUGACAUUUGUACCGUGUCCUAUGCAAAGAAGGCAUUGCCAAUUGGUGCUCUCCAGGGUGUUACUGUUGAUACCUCCUCGGUUUCCGCCAGUCUCGUCACCAACUUCACUGCCAGCUCCAUAUUCUACCCUACAUCGACAUUCGACUACUGCAAUGUGACUUUCGCUUACUCUCACGAUGGCAUCGAGGGAGACGUUGUUCAUGUGCAGUAUUGGCUUCCAGCACCAGGCCAAUUCAAGAACAGAUAUGUCUCCACCGGUGGUGGUGGCUGGGCUAUCAACUCGGGAUCUUCCUCUAUUCCUACCGGCGUUAUCGUUGGCGGUGUUGGCGGUUUGACCGAUGGAGGAUUUGGAAGCUUCAAUACACAAUUCAGCUCUGUUGCCCUUUUGGAAAAUGGUACUAUCAACUGGCAAGCAACUUACAUGUUUGGCUACCAAGCACAGCAUGAGCUGGCUGUACUGGGCAAGGAGCUGACUCGAAACAUCUACGACGUGCCGUCCAGUGACAAAAUAUACUCAUACUAUCAAGGCUGCUCCGAGGGAGGUCGUGAGGGGUGGAGCCAAGUCCAACGGUUCCCCGAUCAGUUUGAUGGUGUAGUCGCUGCUGCUCCGGCCUUCCGCUGGGCACAGCAGCAAGUCAACCAUCUGACUGGUAACGUUAUUCAGAAAACUCUCGACUACUACUCCCCGAGCUGUGAGCUAGAAAAGAUUAUGAACAUGACCAUCGCAAGCUGCGAUCCCUUGGAUGGCAGAACUGAUGGCAUUGUAUCACGGUCUGAAUUGUGCCUGGCACACCUCGACUGGAACAAAAUCCUAGGCGCUUCUUACUCGUGCCCUGCUGUCAAAGGCUCUGGCUAUUCAUCCGCCACGCCGGCACAGACUGGCAAGGUAUCAGCCAAGGCCAUCGAAGUCAUCAAGACAUAUUGGAAUGGCUUGCAUGACUCCGAUGGGAAGCGUGUUUACUUUACCUACCAGCCUGGUUCGACAUUCACGGAUCUUGCAACCGCGUAUGACUCCUCUGCCGAUAGCUGGGAACUCGACAUCAGUGGGCUUGGUGGUAUUUGGGUCGGUCUUUUCAUUGACCUUUUGCAAGAGACCAACAUCCCCACAUUGGACAACGUGACCUAUGAUACUCUCAAGGAAUGGAUGAUCUUUUCGCAGAAGAAAUAUGAUGAUAUUCUCCAAACGACAUACCCAGACCUGACUGAUUUUCAAGCUGCCGGUGGCAAAGUGCUUCAUGUCCACGGAGAGCAGGACUUCUCUAUUCCUACCGCAUCUUCUAUCCGCUACUGGAACUCGGUCAGACAGAUCAUGUUCCCCAGCAAGUCUUAUAGAGCAGGCGCAGCUGCUCUCGAUGACUUUUACCGAUUGUUCCUCAUUCCUGGUGUGGGACACUGUGCCGUCAACUCAUAUCAACCUGGUGCACCUUGGCCACAGACAACCCUCCAGACUCUCAUUGACUGGGUUGAGAAUGGGAAGGCGCCAGCGACACUCGCUGGGUCUGAAGAGAUUGACACCAUGUGCCGAUGGCCUCUACGCCCACUGUGGACUGACAGCGGGAAGAAGUUCUCUUGUGUCUAUAGCCAGGCGUCGGUCGAUAGCUUCACUUAUGAUCUGGACGCUUAUAAGCUUCCAGUAUACUAG